CUGCUUAGUAGUAAAGAAAAGAAAACGAGAAUAAGCGGAGAAAAGUGAACGCCGCAUUAUUGAAAAAUACAUUUUUUAUAUUUAUAAAUUCAACAAAGGGCCCCAGACGCGCAACGCACAGCAUGACUGGUGAAACCAAGCUGGAGAAAAAGCCACUUGGCGAUGCCAAGGAAACCAAAGGCAAGGCCCAAGAUGCUGGCAAGGCCAAAAAGGAUGAAAAGGAGCAGCAGCCAGAGCUAUCCGACGAGGAUCAACAGCUGCAGGAGGAGCUGGAGAUGUUGGUACUGCGCCUGCAGGAAAAGGACAAGAAAUUGUAUCAGCCAGCAUUGGAGAUGAUGGCCAAGCUGAUACGCGCAUCGACCACGUCGAUGACAUCGGUGCCAAAGCCACUGAAAUUCAUGCGUCCCCAUUACGAAACCAUGAAAACGGUGUACAAGCACAUGCCCGAUGAGCGCUCGCGCCAGCUGUGCGCCGACAUCAUCUCGGUGCUGUCCAUGACCAUGGGCAGCGGCAAAGAUUGCCUGGCCUAUCGUUUCCUCUGCGAUCGCACGCAGACCAUCGGCGACUGGGGUCACGAGUAUGUAAGGCAUUUGUCGGGCGAGAUAUCGGCCCACUAUCACGACACUACGGGUGAGUUUCGCACCCAGCUAAUCGAGCUGGUCAAGCAGAUAAUUCCGUACAAUAUGGAGCACAAUGCGGAGGCAGAUGCCUGCGAUUUGCUGAUUGAGAUCGAUCAUUUGCAUUUGCUGGCCGAAUAUGUGGACGAGUCGGCCUAUCCGCGCGUCUGCCUCUAUCUGCAGUCCUGCUAUCCGUAUGUGCCCGAGCCGGACAAUACCAUCAUACUGGAGACGGCCCUGCAGCUGGCCCGCAAGUUCCAUCAGCAUACGCAGGCGAUGCGGCUGGCGCUGAUGCUUAACGAUAUGGGCAAGAUUGGCGACAUAUUCAAGGAGCCCAAGGAGCCGGCCAUGCAGAAGCAGCUCGCCUUUAUGCUGGCCCGCCAGCAGGUGUGCCUGGACCUGGACGAGUCGCUAUCGGACUAUGAUGAUCUGAUGGAGAUUAUGUCCAAUGCCAAUUUGAAUAAGCAUUUCUUGAAUCUGGCCCGUGAACUGGACAUCAUGGAGCCAAAGACGCCCGAAGAUAUUUACAAGUCGCAUUUGGACAAUUCACGCUCGCGCUUUGCAUCCAUCCAGGUGGACUCGGCCAAGCAGAAUUUGGCCGCCAGCUUUGUCAAUGGCUUUGUAAAUGCGGGCUUCGGCGUGGACAAGCUGCUCUCGGAGGAUGGCAACAAAUGGCUGUACAAGAACAAGGAGCAUGGCAUGCUCUCGGCCACCGCCUCCCUGGGCCUGAUUCUGCUUUGGGAUGUCGACGGUGGCUUGACCAUGAUUGACAAAUAUCUGUACUCCACCGACGACAACAUCAAGUCGGGUGCCUUGCUGGCCUGCGGCAUUGUCAACUGCGGCAUACGCAACGAGGUGGAUCCGGCUCACGCCCUGCUUUCUGACUAUAUUGAUAAUCAGAAUACGUGCAUGCGCAUUGGUGCCAUUCUGGGCCUGGGCAUUGCCUAUGCUGGCUCCAAUCGCGCCAUUGUCAUCGAUACGCUGAAAACGAUCUUCGCCAGCAAUGGCAAGACGGCUGCCAGUGUCGAGAUUCUGGGCAUAACUGCUCUGUCGCUGGGUCUGAUAAGCGUUGGCUCCUGCAAUGCUGAGAUUACGGAGAUCUUGCUGCAGACCAUCAUGGGUCUAACCAAGACGGAUCUGAAGGAUACCUAUACGCGUUUCCUCUGGCUGGGCCUGGGACUGCUCUACUUGGGACGCCAGAAGUCCACUGAGGCUGUCAUGAUGACCCUGGAAGUGCUCGAGGAGCCGUAUCGCAGCAUGGCCACCACCAUGGUGGAUAUCUGCGCCUAUGCUGGCACUGGCAAUGUGCUCAAAAUUCAACAGCUGCUUCACAUUUGCUCCGAUCACUAUGAGACCGCCAACGCCGACGAAGAGAAGGAGAAGGGCAAGAAGGACAAGAGCAAGGAGAAGGAAAAGGAUAAGGAAAAGGAGAAGGAGAAGGAAAAGGAGCGCGAAAAAGAUCUGUCGGCCACACAAUCGAUAGCUGUCCUGGGCAUUGCACUCAUCGCCAUGGGCGAGGACAUUGGCGCCGAGAUGGCGUAUCGUUCGUUUGGCAAUCUGCUGCGCUACUGCGAACCGGCCAUUAGGCGUGCCGUACCGCUGGCUUUGGGUCUGAUAUCGGCCUCCAAUCCCAAGCUGAACAUACUGGACACGUUGAGCAAGUUCUCGCACGACAGCGACGCUGAGGUGGCGCACAAUGCCAUCUUUGCCAUGGGCCUGGUGGGCGCGGGCACCAAUAAUGCGCGUCUCGCCUCGAUGCUGCGCCAGUUGGCCCAGUAUCACUCGAAGGAUCCGAGCAAUCUGUUUAUGGUGCGCAUUGCCCAGAGUCUGACGCAUUUGGGCAAGGGCACACUGUCGCUUAGUCCCUAUCACAGUGAUCGCCAGCUGAUGAAUCCCAUGGCUGUUGCUGGUUUAAUGGCCACAUUGGUGUCGCUUCUUGAUGUCAAGAAUCUAAUCCUGAAUCGUUCCCACUAUCUAUUGUACACCCUGGUGCCGGCCAUGCAGGCACGGAUGCUCAUCACAUUCGAUGAGGAUCUCAGUCAGCUGCAGGUGCCGGUCCGUGUGGGCAUUGCCAUCGAUGUCGUUGGCCAGGCGGGCAAACCGAAGACCAUAACCGGCUUUCAGACGCACACCACGCCUGUGUUGCUGGCAAUUGGGGAGCGCGCCGAGCUGGCCACCGAUGAGUACAUCUCGCUAACACCUGUCAUGGAAGGAUUUGUUAUAUUGAAGAAGAAUCCUAAUUUUGUCAAGUAGUCGCUUCUAUUAAUUAAGGCUAUGUAAAGUUAUGUCGCCCGAUUAACAAACAAACCCAAAAUUAAACCUAACCGAAAAAUAAAUGGUCGUCUCUUCAUUGGCAAUUAACGCAUAUGUCAUAAAUAAAUAAAAAUCUAAAUAUAUUUACUUACGUAUUAAAA